GGUUCGCGGCCACGGCGGCUCCGCGCCCGCCCCGGGCAGAACAGGUUGCUUCCAGUUUGGGUGUGAGCUGCGCGCGCGCGGCGCCGCGGACCCCGAGUUCCUCCUCCCGCGCCCGUCUCCCCGGAUUUCGUCAGCUCGCGCACCCCCGCGGCUCCCCUGGGCGGCGGGUGAGGGGGUGCCGCGGCGGGCCCCGGGGAGCUCGCGGCCCGGCUGCCGCGGGCGCUGUGCUGUUCCCCCCUUUGCUGCGGCAGCGGCAGCAUCGCGUUGCGCGCGAGGGCUGGGAGCGAGCGGCCGGGCUGAGUCAGCAUCCCCGUCCCAGGGCGCGCGCGCAUCCUCCCCGGCGGGCGGCGGGCGACGUCCACACAGGUGCACGGCUGCCUGGCUCGCGGGGCGCUGCGGUGGGGAGGACCCGGAGGGCGUGUGCCCCCCACCCCGGAGUCCCCGACCCCAGGGUCGCAGUGGACUCAGCGUGUGAUGCUCGGGAAACCUCAGGAGCUCGUCACGGGGACAAAGCCGUGUCGGGUCCCAGGCAUUUCGGAGCCCGCGGGGGCGCAGACUUGGCCGCCUGGUGUCCACCCCACGUCCCCAUGGCCUCUCUGAGACGCGCUCGGAAGCAAAAGCCUUAUUCUCCGCAUCCCCCUGCCGACUUUGGCACCGGCCGCUCCCUUCGCCAGGUUCGGAGAACGUGCUUCUGAUGUCAGAAACUCGGGAGAGACUGGUUUGGGGGACCCGGCCCUGCUCUGAGUGUGGAAAUGCCACAUGUAACCUGACACAGCACACACUGUCCUGAGACCUGCUUAGGGACCUAGGGGUGCAGCCCAUUCAUUAUACCCGAGUGACUCCGAACAAGUCACCAAAGAGACUCGUGCUUCAGCUUCUUGGUUUUAAAAAUUAGACAACGCAGAAAGCCCUAGGGAUUCCUUUGUGCACACUUGGCCUGCCUGGUCUCUGUCGAUGUUCGUUCGGAGUCUCGGAGUCCUUCUCGUCUUCAUGUUGGGUUGCUAGGCAGAUAUGACCCUGGCUUGCAAAUAACCUCCCUGCAUUUACCAGCCCGUGAGAACUUCAACUUGGGGUAGGUGGGGAAACUGAGGCUGAGAGAUUCCGUAACUUAUCCGAGGUCACACAUCAAGGGCGACUCUUCUGCAUCCUGGACACGUAUUCUUCUGUAGACAGGCCGACACAUUCCCAAAAGCUGCAGCAGAUCGGGGGAAGGGUAAGCUCUGCAAAAAGAGAAAAGACGGUGGGUUGCACCUGGGAGAAAGCGUCCCUCUUCUUAUGCAAAAAUGACACAGGUGAAAGUGAAACUUUGACACACGAACCCAUGAUCAGCCUGAACAGGGAGCAAGGUAAGGUGAUUGAGGGGGGGGCCUCCCUGCCCUUCACCCAAACCUCACCUGACUCUGAGCUCACCUCUGGAUCUACAGAUUUACAUAGAAAACAGAGGUCUGGGAAAUACUUGAAAUGACCCCACAGGGGUGCAAUCAGCCAGUGCAAAAUUUCAAAAAUUUUACAGGACGAACACCUGAGUUUACGUAGAAAUGUGUUGUAGGGAAGAGAGAGGAGGAACUUAUGAAUGGAAAGAGAGGAGACACAGGAGUCUGGUGCAGUGUGCGAGGGACUUGCUUUGGAUCCUGAUGAGAACAAACCAGCCAUAGAAAGACCCCCAAACCAAUGGUGAGGCAAUGGAGGACAUUUCAACACUGAUUGCAUCUUUCAUGAUACUGACAAAUUCUUGUUUAUUUUAAAAAGGGAGGCUUUACUAGCCAUGCAAUUAUAUUUUAUUUUAUUUUUAAAUUUAAAAAAUUUUUUAAAGCCUUUAUUGAAUUUGUUACAAUAUUGCUUCUGUUUUCUGUUUUGGAUUUUUGGCCGCGGGGCACUUGGGAUCUUAGCUCCCGGACCAGGGAUCGAACCUGCACCCCCUGCGUUGGAAGGUGAAGGCUUACCCGCUGGACUGUCAGGGAAGUCCCUAUAAUUGUAUCUUAAAAUAAUUCUUAUAAUUUAGAGAACCAUAGAGAAAUGUUUGUUGAUGAAGUUACGUGAUAUCUGAGAUUUGUUUCCAAGUAACCCAGUCUAAGUGGAGGAGGAGGGAGAGAGAAGUUGGAGGGGAGACGGAUAACACCGGACUGGCCUUGCGUUGGUAAUUGUUGAAUCUAGAUGUUGGAUUGGUAUGUGUGAAUUUCUCAUCUUUUGUAUGUUUGACAACUUCCAUGACAAAAAGUUGCAUGAGUAAUAAUAAACACGCUUUGUGAAAAGCCCUUAAACAUUUGGCAAACGGGCUUUCAGGGGGUGGAUUUCAGGUCAGUGACCGUAAGCCCCUCCCAUUGCAUCCCACCCUUCGUGGUUUUUCCCCUCGAGUGGAGGAUGGAGUUUAUAGGAAGGAUGUUACUCAGAGGCCCAUCUGCUCUCUCUGUUUUUCUGACCUGUGUUCAGGACCCAGGUGUAAUUUCUGCAGGGCUGGCUACUGAGUUUUAGAUGUGUGGCGUGAUGUCACCUCUGCUCUCCCAAAUUGGCUCCUGCCACGGGGCUUCCUUCUGGGACGGUCCCAACAGGUGGUUCCAGCCUAAAGCCAGGCAGGAUGUCAUCUGUCCCCGUGGAUGAGUUUCUUGGCAUCUCUGGGGUCACGGAAGUUGAUAUUCCCAACAACGGGGUCUGGAUAGAGGUCUUCAAGCUUAAAACUUAUUAUUAUUUUAUUUAUUUAUUCUCUUUAUUUUUUUGGCUGCACUGGGUUUUAGUUGCAGGACAUGGGAUCUUGUGGCGUGCGGGUUUUCUCUCUAGUUGUGGCGUGCGAGCUCCAGGGUGCGUGGGCUUUGUAGUUUGCAGCACACGGGCUCUCUAGUUGAGGCUCGCAGCCUCAGUAGUUGUGGCACAGGCUUAGUUGCUCCGCAACAUGUGGGAUCUUAGUUCCCCGACCAGGGAUUGAACCCGUGUCCCCUGCAUUGGAAGGUGGAUUCUUUACCACUGGACCACCAGGGAAGUCCCUUAAAUUUUUUUUUUAAUGAUCUAAGUGGAAUUGCUCUCCCAGCUUGGAUGGAGAGGCAGUCAAAGAUUUCCUUUGCUCCAGUUAGAAGAUAAGUGAGUCCUGGGGGCGUAACCUACAACAGGAUGACUACAGUGAACGCUGCCGCGUGGAAUGUGCACGUUGUUAGGAGAGUAGAUUCUCAAAGUUCUCAUUACAGGAGAAAAACAUUUGUUUUUCUUCUCUUUUCCCUCUCUCUCUCUCUUUGUGUCUCUCGUCUCCUUGUAUCUGUAUGAGAUGAUGGAUGUUGACUGAAUUUACAGUGGUCAUGGUUUUGCAGUAUAUGUACGUCCAGUUAUCAUAAUGCAUGUGUUAGACUUGCACAGUGGUGUGUGUCCAUGAUAGCUGAGUAAAACGAAAAGAAAAAAAUAUAACAGGAAAAAGAUGUCCUUUGCAUCCGCUGUUGAGCGAAGACUGAGGCCCCGCACAUACACCGUAAGAAGGCUUUCUGAGCUGGGCCAGCCCCACACUGACACGUGGGGGUCUAGGGGCAAAGAGAGGGGCCUUUAUUACACGUAGAUGUGAAGUAAGCAUCUGAUGUUGCCACCAGGUAACUGGAUUUUCCUCUGCACGUGGGCUUGGAUGAGGGCGAGGCAGAAUUUAAGGCUGUGCUCACCGUUAGGGCGCCUGACUUGCAGCGCCACUUCCUUACGUUCUGCGCUCUGGGCACUGCUUGCCUCACUCCAGCACCGUCUCUCACCUGGACUCACCUGGGCUCACCUGGACGGAUGCCAUGGACUCCUAACCUCCCAUCCUCUUCCCUGCCGUGGUGCAUCACAUUUGUGUCCUCUCAGCAGAACAGCCAGAGGGAUUCUGUUACGUCCAGGCAAGUGGCAGGAAGCCGGCGGGUUCUGUGUGUCAUUCACUGCUGAACGCACAGCGCCCAGAUCGAGACCUGUCCCUUGGUCCACGUUCGCUGGAUGGAUGACAGUGCACGGGGUGGGAGGGAUCAUUUCUGACACACGUGGGCAGCUGGGGCCCCGGGACCCCCCUCGUGACUCCUGGCCGCAGCCAGACCCCUGACCGACCCUGUUCCGACGUGGCGGGUCAAACCUCAGAACGCUGCAACCAGAGAUCACACCGCCUCUGCGCCUUUGUCUUUCUUGGCCUCAGCUCAUGAGAAGCUUUGUCUUUGGAAAACCAAUCGAGCCCUCUGCCAGAAAGGUCUGCCCGACUGUCUUGUUGCUUCAGCUGUUUGCAAGGCGCUCUCGCCGGCUGCUUGGCCGCGGGGGGCCCACGGGGAGCCAGGGUCAGGUGACGGGCGUCCCGGCCGCGGUGUGCAGGCUGCAGAGCGCAUCUUCAGGGUGCCUCCUCCCCCCCAACGCUCAGCCCUCCGGCCCACAGCCUGCCAGUGCAUUGUUUCUGUGCAAGGCCGGGACCCAAAGGGAGGCCAGAUGUUAGCAGGCCCGGCGGCCUUGCUUUACAGCGGGGAUGGUGGAGAAGAACACAGACCAUCGCCAACCCCACCGGCACCCAGAGCUCGCCCUCCUGCGGCCUGAGCACGCGGGCAGCAAGAUCUCUCCCCGUCAGCUCUGCUCGCGUGGAGCAGUAGGGACAGAAGAUACUGGGGUCUGGACUUCCUGAGGCUCAGGUUCUUGAUGUCUCAUCGCAGAAAGAAUUCAGUGAGAGACAAAGCGACAGGAAACCUUACAGACACAUGAAGCCUUCGACCAUCUGGAACGCAGAAACUCGGUUGGGGCUGACUGUGGCUUCGGGACCGUCCAGGUGUUCUGCAGAUGUGAACAUCUAUCCCGCACUCGCCAGCUGGAUCCCCGAACCGAGGCACGGCUUGUGCUCCGGCUCACACGUCCCUGAACACAGAGGGGUCAUUUUCUAAGUGGCCAAAGAGCAGUUGUUGACGCUGAGGCCUGAUUACCGCACACAGCCCGUCACCUUACGGAGCUGCCCUGGAGAAAGCCGAGUUCAGGGCUGUGCGUUUCCUGAAUUAGGAUUCCAAAGGGGGGGCCGCAUUCCUGUAGCCCCCACCGUCCCUACAGGCGGCACCACCACCACCACCACCAGCAUCUUUUGCAAACUCCACCGCGGCAUCACUCCACACAGUUGGAAUCCUCCCCUGGUCACCAUGGGCUGGCCUAUCCUAAAGGUUUUGUUGGUGGGGGUGACUUUCCUGGGGUGUCUUUAUCCUCUCGUGGAUUUGAGCUUAAGCGGGAAAACAAGAGACCAGAAACCGAAUUUCGUGAUCAUCUUGGCAGAUGACAUGGGGUGGGGUGACCUGGGAGCAAACUGGGCAGAAACGAAAGACACUGCCAACCUUGAUAAGAUGGCAGCAGAAGGAAUGAGGUUCGUGGAUUUCCACGCGGCCGCCUCCACCUGCUCGCCCUCCCGGGCCGCCCUGCUCACCGGCCGCCUCGGCCUCCGCACUGGAGUCACCCACAACUUCGCGGUCACCUCCGUGGGGGGCCUUCCACUCAACGAGACCACCUUGGCCGAAGUGCUGCAGCGGGCCGGCUACGUCACCGGGAUGAUCGGCAAGUGGCAUCUUGGGCACCAUGGUUCUCAUCACCCCAGCUUCCGUGGAUUUGAUUACUACUUUGGAAUCCCGUACAGCCAUGACAUGGGCUGCACUGACACCCCCGGCUACAACCACCCCCCUUGCCCGGCAUGUCCUCGGGGCGACAGACCAUCAAGGAACCUGGAGAAGGACUGUUACUCGGACGUGGCCCUUCCUCUCUACGAGAAUCUCGACAUCGUGGAGCAGCCCGUGAACUUGAGCGGCCUCGCACAGAAGUAUGCGGAGAAGGCUGCCCAGUUUAUCCAGCGGGCGAGCGCCAGCGCGAGACCCUUCCUGCUGUACGUAGCGCUGGCCCACAUGCACGUGCCCUUGUCCGGGAGCCCGCUGGCAGCAGAAGCCGGGGGUCGAAGGCUGUACAGCGCAGGCCUCCGGGAGAUGGACAGCCUCGUGGGCCAGAUCAAGGACAAAGUUGACCUCAUAGCUGAAAACAACACAUUCCUCUGGUUUACAGGAGACAACGGCCCGUGGGCUCAGAAGUGCGAGCUAGCAGGGAGCGUGGGGCCCUUCACCGGAUCGUGGCAGACGCGUCAAGGCGGAAGUCCAGCCAAGCAGACCACCUGGGAAGGAGGACACCGCGUCCCGGCUCUGGCUUACUGGCCUGGCAGGGUCCCCGUCAACGUCACCAGCACUGCUUUGCUGAGCGUGCUGGACAUCUUCCCCACGGUGGUGGCCCUGGCCGGGGCCCGCCUGCCCGAAAGCCGACACUUUGAUGGUCUGGAUGCCUCAGGGGUGCUGUUCCGCAGGGCGCAGACUGGCCACAGGGCGCUGUUCCACCCCAACAGCGGGGCGGCCGGAGAGGACGGGGCCCUUCAGACCGUCCGCCUGGGGCGGUACAAGGCCUUCUACGUCACCGGUGGAGCCAGAGCCUGCGACGGGAGCGUCGGCCCCCAGCGGCGCCACGAGCCGCCCCUCAUCUUUAACCUGGAGGAGGACGUGGCGGAAGCCGUGCCCCUGGACAGGGGCGGUGCCGAGUACCAGAGAGCGCUGCCCCGCGUCCGAGCGGCUCUCGCAGGGGUCCUCGAAGACGUCGCCGCUGACCACGUCUCCCGAGCAGAUUACAGCCAGGACCCCGCGGUGACCCCCUGCUGCGACCCGCGCCGGGUGGCCUGCCGCUGCCGGGCCGCGUGAGGGAAACAGCGGCAGCGCAGCGGGGCGGCCGGGUCCACGUCCAGGUCCACGUCCAGUGCUGCCCUCCGCGCCACAUGCGCUCUAACAACAGGCUGCGCCCCGGGCUGUGAAGCCACCACCCUGCGCCCCCGCCGUCCCUUCCGCGUGCCCUUCCGCGAACCUGCUGAGCCCGAGGGGUAAGAAAAGGCACCCAGGCCUUGCCGUCAGGAGUCAGCCCUGGUCCCAGCCCCAACGCUUGAACGUGGGCAGUUAUGUAACCUAACCCACAAGCUGAUUUUGAAGAGGAAGCAGGUGACACGUGAGAAUGCCUGCCUGGCUCGUGACGUGGUACCCCGCAGGCACACCAUACAUUUUAGUUUCUUUUUUUUUUUUAAUGUACCUGGUUUUGCUGGCCAUUUGAACAGAGGUUCAUCCCGGCUGGCAUCUAGAGCAGCGAGCGCCUCCCUGGCUUUUGUAGGCGUCCAGGUCCCCUGGGAGCCUGUGACGGUGUGGAUUCUGACCAGGUGGGCUGGAGAUGCUCCGUGUCUAGGUCCCCCCGGGGAGCUGUGAGCAGCACAGGUGCAGACCUGACAAAGUCACAUCUGCGUCCAGGUCUCAGAGCAGCGCCGCCCACAGAGGUCCAUGGCCCCACCCCCCCCCCGCCCAAGGCAGGUCAAAUGGCUGUAUUUUAAAGAUUUGGGGAAUUCUUCCUGCUUCCUCGAACCACAAAGAAAUAAA